AUGGAUAUUUUGUGUUCUUUGGUGUCACUUGAGAAUUCGAAUCCACUAACAAUCCGACUCGAAAACGACGAUUCGAUUUUUGAACUCGAAAAGAAGAUUUGCGCCUCGUUUUCUUUGAAGCCAGAAGAGAUUCUUUUCAUCACUCGAGAUGGAGAACCCUUCUUGACGGCAAAUUCACCAACGUUUAAUGAUGGGGAGAAACUUUUUGUUCACAAAAAGGUUGAAGGUAUCGCUCGUUUCUUGCUGGCGAAUUGCAAAAGAUGGAUCAAGGAAAUGUCAGGGCGAACGCUGGAUCACGAACGCUGGUUCAAAGGCGUUCCCGACGGGCCAAGACAGAGGGAACGAAUCAGAACCGCCGUCGUUCAGAGCAUUUCAAGCCAAGUUCAAUCUGCGCGUCGAUUAGCUCGAGAUGAACUAAAAUCUUUCUCUACAUGCCCCUUAUUUGAGGAGAAUGAUUUACCACGCAUCGAAGAUGCUUUGUUUCAAGCUCAUCUCACGUCAGACAAAUCGGCGCUUGAACUUAUUUCUGUCGCUCUUCGUCAAUUUGUCUGUCGGGCUGGUUUGACGCUAGAAUUUUCAAAUGUUGGUGGAAAAGAUUACGCGUUCGAUAACAUCAACUAUUUUCUUCACAACCAGAUACCAUGCGAAAAUGUUGCUUCUCGCUUUUCUGAGACUAAACGAGCUCAAAUGAUACCAGAUGAAACAUAUUUUUUGGCAGUUCACUUGUUAGAUAAAGCACUACUGGUUGACAAAAAUAUUUCUAAAAUGUCAGAUGUGGAAAAUGUUAUGGUGCUAGCGGUGAAGCUUGCUCGAAGAGGCGAAUUCGGCCCUGGAUAUGAAAAUGGAAUGGUAUUCGGUCCUGAAUAUGAAGAUGGGAUGCUGGCUGUUUGCAAUCUUAAACUACAGUGUCAAAAGGACAAAAUUAAUCAAUGUGAAUUUAAGCUUUUGAAAUUUGUUGACUUUUCCAUUUCACGGCAACACUUGUUGCACUUUCUCCAGAUUUUUUGGUUAUUGAUGGGUGAUGUCAUGAGCGGAACUGAGAAAGAAAAUGGAUGGGCGACGGUGAAGGGGUUGGCAUAUAUCGCAACGGCCAAAGCAUCUCUGAUGAAUAAAAAACCUUCACUUGUUGCUGCUGCCAUUAUGCGGAUAGCUCUUCACCUGUUUUUUAAUCGUGGUCAACUUCCGGAGGAUGAAGUUCUCCAAAUCAUCUCGAGCCUUCUACACAAAGAAAGUGAAUACGUGCCGAUCGCCACAAAACUUUUAAAAUCGGUUUUGUCUCCUCCAACAUGCAUCCCAACGAUCAUACGUGUGUUUGAAGCCAAUCAAUAUCAUCCCAGUAAAAAAGAGCUAGAAGCUAUUGCCUGUGAAUUAAAGAAG